GGGAUCAAACUAAAGAUUGAUUAUAGAAAAUGGCGGUCGAGUCUAUAUCAGUAAAUAAUAUGCGAAGUUGUAUUUAUAAUUCCUCUUUUUCAUGAAUGACAAAAUGUAGUGAUUCAAACAAGUGAUUUUAAGUGAACUGGAACUCAUUUCGAACAUUCAAUGUGCUUUUAUGUGACCAGAAUUAUGUAAGAAUAAAGACGCAAAUCGUUCAUGUUAAACGACCAAAGCAUCUAAACAAAUGAAUCAAAAUGGGAAACUCCUUCUUGUUCACGAUUAUUACGAUCAUGAUUUUGAUACGAAUAUCGAUGCAGAAUGAAAAUAAUGAAUGUCCUAAAAAAUGUGACUGCUUAGAACAGUAUGUGGAUUGUUCAAAAAAAAAUUUGGUGUCAGUGCCAAGAAUUCCAAAGUGGGUGGAACAAUUAGACUUAAGUUACAAUAAAUUGAGUAAAGGUAUUACCGAAGGCUUCGAGGAAUUAUUAUCGUUAAAAAUAUUAAAGUUAGAUAAAAACACUCUGUUACAUAUUCCUACUUUUCUUCAUCCUAACCAUAUACAAGAAUCAGGUUACAAUCAACCUGCCUACGGCGGACAAGCUGGUCAGCUGGAAAUUGGCCAUGGACCAUAUCCGUCCAUAGGAGCGGGGGGGACAGUAUCACCUCAAGUUCAGCAAUGGUUUCGAGCAGUCGACAAAGACCAGUCUGGCUUUAUUACAGCAAUAGAAUUAAAAUCUGCUUUAGUAAAUGCCCAAGGACAAACUUUUUCGGAAACUGCAUGUAACUUAAUGAUUGGUAUGUUUGACAAAGAUCGUUCAGGCCACAUAAAUUUAGAAGAGUUUGACAAACUAUAUACUUACAUCAAUCAGUGGCUUGCGGUAUUUAAAACUUAUGACACGGACCAAUCUGGACACAUUGAUGGACCAGAGUUAUCUAAAGCUUUGAUGCAAAUGGGAUUUCGAUUCACCCCAGAAUUUAUCAACUUCUUAAUCAAAAGAAGCGAUCCCAAUGAGGGAAAAAUAUCAGUGGAUAAUUUCAUAGUUCUAUGUGUCCAAGUACAACGUUUCACUGAAGCAUUUCGAGUAAGAGACACUCAACAAAAUGGAACAGUAACAAUUGGAUUUGAAGAUUUCCUCAACAUUGCUCUCAGCUGCUCCAUAUAAUUGACGAAUUUAUAAGCUAAGCUUCUAUUCGAUAUUUUAAUAUGCUAUAGAUACCUGAACAUACUUCAUGUUUAAAGCUAUUUGAACGCCUUACUGCAUACAAUGAACAAAUUAAAAAAAUAAAAAUAAUGCACUGUUUUUAGAUCUGAUUUGACAUACACACAUGGUUUAAUUAAAGUGAUGUUUAAAAAAAUAUUUUUAAUAAAAUAAUAUUUACAA